AUCUCUCUCUACCCACAAGUUACGGCUUCAGAUUCGUUUCUGCAUCCUGAGUUUCUUCAACAGAACAAAAAUUCAAAAUCUAUCACCACAAGCUAUCCUUACCGUACUCACUAAGCCAAAACGAUGAAGAAAAGAAACAAAUUUUGAUUUUUUCCAUGGAGAAAUACCCUUUCUUCUUUGGUUCUGCACAAAUUAAUCAAAAACUGGUUUAAUCAUGUCCAAACCCAAUGGAGCUAUUGCAGCUCCCUUGAUUUUUCUCCUGGUUUUCAUUUCUGGGUUUUCUUCAGAAUUCUGUGUUCAUGGUUCUCCAACUCAAGAACACACCUUUAAGAGACCUGAUCCAUUGGGACACUUCAAGUUCUACAAUGGAGGAUUCAAUGUCACAAAUAAACAUUACUGGGCUUCUCUGGCAUUUACAGGAGUCCAUGGCUAUGCAAUUGCAGCAAUUUGGGUGAUAUGUGGAUUGGUGUUUGGGAUCUUGGCUUUGAAGAUUCAAAGCAGGAAUGACUCUUCUUCGUCGAUCACAGACCGUUUCGAUGGUUAUUACUUCUCAAUGUUCAUCUUGGUCCUAGUUUUCACAAUUCUUGCCAUAGGCGCAAUCAGUUUAGUUCUGGCAGCAAAUCAGAGCUCAUUAGCCAGAACAAACAGAUUGAAGAAAACCAUUCUCAAGGCAGGUAAGGAUGCUCAUGGAACCAUUCGAAAAGUCAUCAAAGUGAUGAGAGAAAUGGAGAACAUUCUACUUCCAUACGAUAGAAGAACGUCUGUUCGCUUGAACAUAACGGCUCAUCAGCUUGGAAAGGAAUCAAAGACAAUCCAACAUUUUAAUGAAAGGAUUGGCCAUUCCAUGGACCAGGCAAUUCAAACAUCGUAUAUUUCACAUCUGGUGGUUGUAUCUGUCAACUUGGCACUAAUAGUCACUGCAUUAGUUCUGUUCUUGUUGCAUUGGUACCCUGGAUUUAUUAUUGUAAUACUUUUCUGCUGGAUCAUAACAACUCUGUGUUGGGUUUUGACUGGUUUUGAUUUCUUCCUUAAUACAUUUGCAAGAGAUACUUGUGCAACUCUUGAGAAUUUUGAAAGUAACCCACAAAAUAACAGUCUAACCUCCAUAAUACCAUGCAUGGAUUCAUCAUAUUCGGACCGAGUCAUGGCAGAAAUCGGUGGUACUAUCCAUUACUUCAUAGCUAAGGUACUACUUCUGAUUUCUACACCACAACCAGACACUUCGACGCGAAUAAUCUACAGGCAUGCCUAUUUCUCUUUGUUGCAGUUAAACUCAAAGAUCAUAGAGGUGUAUAGUAAGCUUGGACUGAACAAACAAAGUGAAGAUUCAUUAGGGUUUGGAACCAUAUGUGACCCUUUUUCUGGAGCACCUAACUACAAGUAUGCACCAGAAAACCAUCCAAAAGAUUGCGUUCCAAUCGGGAAAUUACCCGAUGUUCUUUCAAGUUUUACAUGUUAUAGCAACAACUCUCCGGAAGCCUGCAGAAAUAAUGGAAAAUUUCUCCCACAAGGGUCCUAUGAGUUGGCUUGGGUUUACAGUCAAUCUGUUCAGGAUAUGCUGAAUAUAUAUCCUGAUCUGCAAAGCUUGUCACAGUGCAAAAUUGUGAAGGAAACAUUUUCUGAUGUUGUUCUGCAUCAAUGCAGACCGUUUAAGCGUUCGAUUCGAUUGCUAUGGGGUUCAAUGCUGUCUCUUUCCAUUAUCAUGGUGGUUUUAGUGCUAAUUUGGGUAGCAAAAGCAUAUCAAGACAGGGGAAGAAGCUUUAAUAGAUGUUCAAUCCUUCCUAACCAAACAUAAGGAAGUGAUGGCCACGAAACCACAGAAUGUACAGGAUUUUAUGAGAGUUUAGGCAACUUUUAGGAGUUAUUCCUGUGUAGAAAUAAAUUAUUUAAUUGUUUAAAGAGUUCAUAAGGCACUCCAUGGAAGUCAUACGACAAUGACGAAGAAAUCAUGGAGAUUGCAGAAAGAGUUCAUAGCGGUAGAGAGAGACGUUAAAUGAAAUCUUGUACAUAUUAUACCUUCUGUAAGGAAAAUUCUUUGGGAUUAAUAAAAUGUCUUCAAAAGGUCUGG